UCGGUGUGAGCCACGAGCCCAAUUCGCAGCGUGAGAGAACCUGACCGCGGGAUUCCACACACACACACACACACACACACACACACACACACACACACACACACACACACACACACACACACACCGCGCGCGAGAGAGAGAGAGAGACAGCGAUGCGCGAGGAGCAGUCGAGCUGCGCCGGUCGCGCGCUCCUCCUCCGGCACCGUCUGCACGGAGUCAGCUCGCGACACCGUUAAGUUUCUGUGUGGAGAAACUGAGAGCACGAGCAGAGUGGAAGGAGAGCGCGAGGAGGAGCCCCGGAGGAACAGUGGAAGAAGAGGAGCUCGUGCACGAGCACGUUAUAUAUAUAUUUUCUCUCCGUGGGACGCUUCUCUCGGGACGCUCGCGCUGCACUAAUACCACAUACACACACACACACACACACACACACACACACACACACGCUUACAGACCCCGCGCGCGCUCGGAUGAGCGAAUGAGACAAGCUCGCGAGUCCGGAGCUCACGGGGCUCGCGCUCGCUCUGGAGAUACGAGUGCGAGCACGCGCGAGCUGUGAGCGGAAUGGAGCACCGGUCAGCAGCGCUGGACAUCGAGGCGCUGAAGAUGACCCAGGAGCAGUAUAUUUUAGCGUCUCAGCCCGGUGGUCUGCAGCGUCCAGGUUGUCCAGCCCCAUAUCCUGUGGGUAUUUACGGCUGGAGGAAGCGCUGCCUUUACUUCUUCAUCCUCCUCCUCCUUGUCACCAUGAUUGUCAACCUGGCCCUCACCAUCUGGAUCCUCAAGGUCAUGAACUUCACUGUGGAUGGUAUGGGUAAUCUCCGAGUGACCAAAGAAGGCGUGAGGUUAGAAGGCGUCUCCGAGUUUCUUCUUCCACUCUACGUGAAAGAGAUUAAAUCCAGACGGGACAGUCCACUGAUCCUCCAGUCAGAUCGGAACGUAACGGUGAACGCACGGAACGACCUCGGACAGCUGACCGGACAGCUCACAGUGGGCUCAGAGCUGGUGGAGGCUCAGUGUCAGAGGUUCGAGGUGCGCAGUGCUGAUGGAGAGAAGGUUCUGUUCUCCGCUGAUGAGAACGAAGUCAGUAUCGGCACAGAGAAACUCAGAGUUACAGGUGAUGAGGGAGUUGUUUUUGGUCAUUCAGUUGAGACGCCGCACAUUCGAGCCGAACCUUUCCAGGACCUGAAGUUGGAGUCUCCGACGCGGACGCUGACGUUGGAGGCCCCUAAAGGUGUGGAGGUGAAUGCAGGAGUGGGAGAGUUUAGAGCCUCCUGCAGGAAAGACCUCACUCUGGAGUCAUCAGAGGGAGAGAUUUUCCUGAAUGCGAACUCUAUUCGUCUGGGUAAUCUCCCUCAUGGCAGUGUGGACCCUCUGCUCGGUCCGGGCACCAGCUACCCCAAACAGACUGUGUACGAGGUGUGCGUGUGUCCGAGCGGUAAACUCUACCUUUCCCCGGCCGAGAGCGCCUCCACCUGCCAGACCACCAACAGUGUGUGUUUGUGGAGCUGAGAAAGGCGGGUGGGCCGAGCUCCACCCGACACCAGAAAGGCCUUCCUCCUCCCUCCUCUUCCACCCUCCUCCCCCUCCUUCUGUCUGUUCAUCUGUCCAUCUGCUCAUCCAUUCAUUGUAAAAAGGCUCUGUUUCCCAAAAGCAUCAUGAGGUGGACAUUCAGAUAAAACAGUGGAGUGAGGUGGCUGCUUCGAACUGACCGAUUUGAGCUCCUCCUGCAAUUACGAUUGCUGAGACCUCGUUAAGACUAACGGCAGAUUGUAGCAACUCAGUUUCUCGUCACAAUGCAUAAACGUACGUAAUAAUCUCUAAUGAUAUUUAUUCUGUCUGUUUGGAUAAUUCAGGUGCAAUUCUGUUAUUAUUGAGACUUUUAUAUAUAAACAUCUGAUUGAUUAGCAGAACUUUACAAAACUCCAGCUGUUUAGUGAGGCUAGCGAGCUAAGUUUACACCGUAGCCUGUACCACUACUAAUUACGACAUGGCUGAAGAGACUUUCCCCCAUCCUACCAAUUUAUAUACCAAUUGGAAGACUGGCAAGUUGUCAAAUUGGCCAAUUUGUUUUAGCUGAUAGCAGCUAUAAUUGGUUUUGGUUUAUUGGUUUGUCAUUUAUUAGUUUACACAAAGAACACACUACCAAACUUCCAACAAAACCUCAUAUCUCCAAAAUGGUAACUUUCCAGGAGAAGGAAAAAAAACCCUACAUUACUUUUAAUGUAAGACAAUGGAACCAGAUUUUUUUUCCAAAUAAUUUUGAGUUGUUUCUUCUGGUUCAUUUAUCAUGAAAUUUCGACACAAUGUAAAGAACAACAUUUUAAACAUGAUUUAACAGGACAUUUAACUGACAUUUCCAAUUUACAUUUACAAACAAAAAAUGAAUUGCCUAUUUAAAGCUGCAAUAUGUAAGUUGUAGGUAUUCGGAGGAGGUUGUUGCCUCCUUUCCUAAGGAGAUGAAUCUGGCGAUUGAAAGAGAAUUCAAAGAUAACUCAGUCAAAACUUGUCAAAAAGAGGAUGUGAGUGAAUGCUCUAUUUCUGACAUAUCUUCUUCAGUAUAAUGUUGAUUUUGAGAUCAUUUGAGACCCAAACAUUGAGUGGGACCUUUGUGAGUUUAUUAAUACAUUAAUAAAUUAAUACAUAAAGAUGAUCGUGACUCCAGCUAUGUCCAUAAACUUAAGGCAAGUCAAAUAGAUGAAAAACAGCCUGAAGUCUUUGGGGGAAGAAGAUAAUGCCCUUUGUAGCUUGGCAUAGACUAUGUGUAGCUUAAUUGCAUGAGAAGAAACUUAAUUAAGCCAAACUGCCCCAACACUGUGACCUUUCACACACAUAGAAAAUCAAUAUCAUUUUAAAUGAAAACCAAAUGUAAGUCUUCUGAGUUCUGCUGCAGUUUUGCAUUACGUUGGAUGGGAGUUUUCCCAGUAUUCUGUAAAGCUUGUCCAACCUAGCAACAGUAGCUAGGAAAGAACACUUUUGUGGGCGGAGCUUGAAUAUGCCAGUGAGCGCUCAUGUUUUGUUCUCUUUAAUAGCUUAAAGAAAACAUGAGCAUUAAGCAUUUAACAGCUUGGAAAACACACUUAACAUUGUUUCCAAACAUACUUAAUGACUUUCUAUUCGUAUGCAAAAUAUGGACAGUAAAAUUAUGUUAUUUUGAUUUUCUAAUUGAAAGUAAGUGAACACACAGAACCACACAGAACACACUUCAAUAUGACAUUUUUGCUAAUUGUCACCCACAAUUUCAAUUUAUUUGCUGAGAAAAAAUUGAACCCGAAGUAGAAAAUGUGCCAUAUGGUGUGGACAGGCCACAUAUUAUCUUAUAUAUUAUAGAUUUUUUCCAACAUAUUAAAUUCAGUAAACAAACAUACUUGUGCAUUAAAAUGUGCAGAAGUGUAGAGGAUGUGUUCACUUAUUCGCACUUAGAAAAUAUAUAACAAAUAUUUGUAAGUUAAUAAGAGUGCUGAGAAUUUCACAUUCUACAGUAAACAGGGGUUUGAACUGCAAUAUUUCAGUAUAAAAAAUUCUAUGGCAUACAUACCUUUGUUCGUGUAUAACUUUUAUUUAAUUAUGGAGUGAUCAUGUUAUUGUUAUUUGUGGAUUUCAUCAUCUUUAUGAAAUCUACUUUAUGGCAAAGAAGGCAAGUUAAGUUUGAGGGUUUUUUUUUCCGUUGGAUUUUAAUUUGGUCAAAUAAGUAAAAAAACUGAAGGGAAAAAAAAUAGUAUUGAUCUUUUUUAUAACAAUUAUUCAUUUUUUACAGAUACAGUUUUAAAUAUCCAAGGCAGUCUUAACAAAACAUGAGAGAAAAGGUGAUGUCAAAAUUGUGAUGCUUUAGACAAACCAAGCCUUAUUUUCUCUAUUAUUGAUGUUUCUAUCCAUUUUCUUUCUGUUUACUAUUUUUAUUUUUAUCGCAAUAUUUAUUUACAGUUUUCUAAUUGUCCCUCUUUCUGCAUCCUUUCUUUGCCAAUUUUUGUCCCUUUUUUUCUCUCUUUUCUUAACUUUUAACCCUGCAAGGCCAAAUUUUCUUCUGGCAACAGUUUCAAGACAUGCUGUGUUUAAAUUUUAAAUUGAAAAUAACUUUUGAGUUAUUUGAGAUAUCAACAUGAUUCAAAUUCUCUGUUAAACUAGAGAAGCUGAAAAAUCUGACUUUUAUAGCAAAAAUAUUUAUGAGUUCAUGUUAAAAAAUCCCAGGCCUUUCUACUCCACAUUAAUGGGUACCAAUUGAUGGUCAGCAACAAUUUCAGUUUUGAAUUUGAAUUUUUUUCAGGGUUUUUUUUUUGACACAUACUUUUUCUACAUACUUUUUUUCAUUUUUAUUUUUGGACCAUCAGACAAUUAGAAGGUUCCUGCCAUCCAGCAGAAUGGGUGUGCUAAAUUUUUGCCUUUCAUGUUGAAAAUUUUAGUUCAAAAAUGGGCAUAACUAAAACUUGUAACUCAAAAAUUGUGAACUAUUGAUGAAGAUUUCGAUCUGUUCUACUGACACAUCAUUUGAUGUAAUAAAGCAUCAUGUUAACCUUAAAAAUCCAAAGUUAUGCUUAGAAAGCACUUUUUAGGCUGUUAAAAAGGUUUUAAUUUUCUCCCCAUAACAUUUACAUUUAUAUCCUUCACCCAUUCCUCUCUUUUCUCUUCGCUUUUUCUCUCCACCUAUCCCUCUUUCCUUCCCUCCUUCAGCAGAAAUCAGGAAUUGGAAUAACUCGGCUUAAUAGAAGCCUCAUCUUCCCAAUCUGUAAAUGGAGCAAAAACUAAUUUUUUUUUUCGGUGUUCCUAUUUUUAUACCUAUUUUCUGACCCCAAGUGGACACUUACGAAAAAACGUGCCAAGGGGUCCCGGACCAGGCUGACGAAGCGAGCACACGCAUACCCUUAGCGAGUGUGUGUGAGUGUGUUUUUCUAAAGAAGCGAUACACAGGUGCCUUUGCUGCUGUUGGUAAAGCACAUGCUCACCUGCAACCAUCCAACCCAGUCGCAGCAGAUACACACCUUUGGAAAAACGGAAAAGAAAAAAAAA